AUGGCUGUGGAAAACGGUUUUUAUUUCCUAAACCGAAGGCCAAAUGCGAAGCAUAGUGCACGAAAAUGAACUCAAAAAUAAUUUUGAUAUCUGUGUGAAAGCAAUUUAUUUAAGAUGUUUGAUAAUUUACAUGAUGGUUCUCGUUAUGUAUUUAAUUAAAAUCCUUUUGUACGGUUUAUAUUUAUCCGUACACUGUCAACACGUUUUCCCUCCCGUACUUUUGAAAUUCCCGGGGAUGUAAAAUCAAUAACUUGAACUGAAAUAGCAAUACUAUUGAAGCUUAACUGCUGACAGUAUGGCUAGACCAUUCGGGUCCGUUUACUGUUGUCAAUCUUCCAGCUGUUACUACUGAUAUUAAUAUUUAUUUUUAUGUAUUUGGUAAAAUAGUGCUUUUUAAUAUAAGUAUGUAACCAGAAAUUUGUUAACAUACCAAAAUUGUUCUGCCGAAAAAUUCAAAAUUUGACUAAAAAUAUCGUGGCGCAGUUAAUAUUAGCAAAAUCGUUGGUGAACCAUUUUCUCACCUGAGCAGCUAAGAAAUAUUUGUGCAAAAUCACUUGACUCGGCCAUCAUAAAAUUUGGAAGCAAAUUUGUAUCUUGAAGCAAUGAAGCAAACGAUUGGUUAUGUUAAUUUUAAGCUUGAAGAAAUGGCUCUGUCAAGUAAACGGAAGAGCCGCUGGAGAUACAGAUUCUGGCAAAGAGUAUUCCAGAUACUUAUUGGCGUUCCCCUCUUGAUUGCUGUCGUUCUUAGCUUGGUAUCUGUAUUUCGAGCAAUCUUCAUCGCUGAUGACGGCAGACUUGUGCUUCAUAUCAUAAAUGAGCAAGAAACAAUUGAGAUGGUGGAUGAAGCUCAAAUUUUGAAGAGGGCUGAAAGAUUGGCUGGAGCCUUAAAAAUCGCCACUAUUUCGUAUGACAUAGAUAAACAAGAAAAAGAAAAACUUUUGGAAUAUGGGCAGUAUCUCAAGAAAAGUUUCCCCUUCAUUCACAAUUGUACGUUCAUCACUCGAGAAGUAAUUAACACAUACAGCCUGCUGUACACGGUGCAAGGUACCACACGAGGUAAACUGCCAUAUCUUCUCGCUUCUCACCUUGACGUCGUGCCAGUAGAUGAGAGAGCCUGGGAUGUCCCGCCCUUUAGUGGAAAAAUCGUCAAUCAGACGUAUGUGUACGGACGAGGAGCCAUUGAUGAUAAGGCUGGUGUCAUGGGAAUCAUGGAAGCAGUGGAAUAUAUGUUGCAGAAGGGUCAGCGACCUCGGAGGACUUUCUAUUUGGCAUUUGGUCAUGAUGAGGAGGUCUCAGGCAAACGAGGUGCUCAGGAACUAGCCAAAGCUCUAAUUGCACGAGGAGUUAAUCGCUUAGACUUUGUUGUUGAUGAAGGGUUUCCACUUUCAAAGGAGAUAAUUCUAGGAACAGAUCGGCAUGUUGCUAUGGUCGGUGUGUCGGAGAAAGGAAUGGCCACACUUGAGCUCAGUGUCGCUGGUACUCCUGGCCAUUCGAGCUUCCCACCAUCAGAGUCGGCCAUUGGCAUUUUAGCCGCUGCUGUGGCGAAGCUCGAACAGAACCAACAGCCCUCUCUUCUCGGUCAAGGCCCGGAAUCAGCGAUGUUCAAGUAUUUAGCUCCUCAUGUGUCAUUUGGUUACCGUGUCCUGUACAGUAAUCUGUGGCUGUUUUCUGGGUUGAUGGCACGAGAAAUGGAACAUCGUCCAAUCACCAAUGCCAUCAUUCGAACUACAACUGCCAUCACAAUGUUUAAUGCUGGAAUAAAGUCAAAUGUUGUGCCUCCUUCUGCAAAGGCUAUCAUCAAUCAUCGCAUUCACCCUUCACAGAAAGUAGAUGAUGUCAUGGCUUAUGACCGCAAGGUCAUUGAUGAUGCUCGUAUAAAAAUCAGGCUGAAGAUUUCUCGUGAAGCACAUCCUAUAUCUCCAUUUGGUCCUGAUUCUGUUCCGUACCAAGUAGUGGCUGCAAGUAUUCGACAUGUGUACCCAGAUGCCAUAGUUGUACCAGCUGUUUUUAUCGCAAACACAGAUACUCGAUGGUAUUUGAGCUUCACAUCAUACCUGUAUCGUUUUCUACCAACGGUUGUCUUACCUGAUGAUAUCACCCGCUACCAUGGCAACAAUGAACGUAUCUCCAUCCAGCACUUUCACAAAGCUGUUAACUUCUACUACCGUUUAAUUAGGAAUGCUGACAUCCUCAUUGAUCAAGUACCUGCCUCAACAGUCAAAAACAAAGAGGAAGAACUUUGAAGAUGAUAUUUUGACUGGUUUUUCAAGAUACUUUUUUUUUUAAGUUGUUUUGUUUUGUCUCAUUCAUUCAGCUUUCAAUGAUCUCACACUAAUUUUAGACCAGCAAAUAUGUUGACAUAACUUGAUUUCAUGCAUAUGCAGAAAAAUGUUGUAUGUAGGCUGUGUAUAGUCAUUCCUAAUAUUUUUAAUGUCAAAAGACUGGUAUAUUAUAAGUUAAGAAAAUUCAAUUUUGCCUUUAAAUGUAUGUUAUCUAAAGUCAUGUGACUAAUGUAUUAAAUGAUCUCAGGCACAAAUAAUAUAGAGUAAUAUUUAGUUGUAAACAUUCUUUUCUGUUUAUACAGGAUUACUUUAAAAAAAAGAUAUACAGUUUAUUAUUUUUAUACAUUCAAAAUAUAUGGUGCACUAGUGCAUAUUAAUUAAGUGUAAAUGACUAAGUAACAAAUGUUUUGUUUGUGAGCUAUUUGUCAUAGGACAAAUAUCACUGUGAAGAUAAAAAUUAUUUGAAAUACACUGGAGCAUGCCCUCAAUUCUCACAUUUAUAUUGAUGCAUGGUUUUCGAUUUUCAUUUACAGAAAGUGAAAGACACUGUUUUUGAUAAAAAACACUACAACAGACUUGUAAGUUGUUAAAUCCUGAGUUUGUAGUUGCUAAUGUGUCGAUGCAGACAAUCCAACGUCUAGACAGAAUUUUAUCCAGGUAUUUUUGUGGUUCAUUGAGACAAAACGCAAUCUUAGAUAAAAUAGAAUUUUGCAGUUUUCUUCACUUUUAGAUAGAAGCCACCUAUUAAUAAUGUAGAACUAGUAUAAUAGUCCAGUCACACUAUUCUCAUAAAAAAAUUUAUGGAAUACAGCACAAAAUGUGUGAUUUUUUUGUGGAUCGAGCACAUCGUAAUCGUUUGUCUCAUGUUUUCUGCUACCCAUAUAUACAUGUGGUAUUCAUUCAUUUUGCUCCAAAUGUGGGAGGUUGCCUUAUCACUUAAAAUUCAGCAUUUCCAUUUUCACCUCAUUGCUACUUAGGUGCGUAGAAAUAGUGAGUGUCAGUUACCCCUGCUCACUAAUUCCUUGAGCCACAGAUUUCUCAGGCAUCCCCUGCAAAUCCUACUGAUUGGGUCCCCGAAACAGUAGUUGAAAACAGAAAACAAUACCAAUAUUCCUCUCCCCCCCCCCCCCCCCUCCCCAUCAUUCAGACCUACUACGGUUAAAAAAAUUCAGUUUCGAACAUGGAAUUUUUUUAGCUAUUAUCACAUGAAGCAUCGGUUAACCUAAAUCCAGGAACUUACGUAAUUACAGCUUCUUGCUGUAACUCAUGUGAUAUGUAACAACACGAUUCAUUUUAUUGCACUCUAAGCUAAAAUUUAAUUCCUGCAAAAUGUCAAGACUAUUUGGAUAGAACUUCUGUAGCCACCCUGAAAUUGUUAUUUCAACUUUGGCAUGUACUUCAGCGUGUGAUUUUCUUCACAGUCCGUUUCUAAAACUUGUACAUGUUGAAUUAUUAUAACUAAAGAGUGUAAGACUCUAAAACCAUAAACCAGUGAUUUCUAUGUAUUGAUCUCUCAGAAAUGUUAACCUUUUGUGUAAACUAGGAUUUAUUUCUUGUUUCAAAUUUUAAAAAAUACUUGGUAGGUAGUUUGAGUUUUUUUGUAAUUCUAGCACUGUGAAAAAUGUUUUUGACUUAUGUAGUAGCCCUUUUGUUCCGCUGGAGCAAUAAGGCUUGCAGGAUGGUGCUGUUACAAAAACUUAAAUCUCAACUGAGUAGUAGUAUACAUUUGCAUGUAUACCUAGUUAACAAAGUUUUUCUGUAUCUUUAAGUUUUUUUUUACAGUAACCCUGUAUAAAUCUUAGUCUAUGUUGAUGUUGUAAAUAGUUAAUUUGCUUUUCCUCAUGUUUAUUUACUUACAACAAAGCAGGGGUCAUUUUAAUUUGACCACCUUAGAAGUUAGAGGUCAAAUUUUUUACAUGUAGUAAUUAAUAUGUGAUGAUUGAUAUUAUUUAAGUGAUACAUGAUUUUUGAUUGCAAUAUAUAUUUCCUAUAAAUGUCUUCUCAAUAAGUUAUAAAUCAUUUACUGCAAAAAAAAUUUUUUCCAAUGCAAAAAAUAUAUAUUUUUUCUCCUUGGCUAGACUUUAAUUAAAGUAUUACAGGAAAAAUUCUAGUUGAAUAAAAUCAAAGUAUGUACACCUAAAAAAAUUAAUGGAGUUUGUUUUUAAAAUAGCUUACUAUAUUAUGUGAAAUUCUAAGACUUGUCACUGUAAAAAAAAUGUGCCUGUGUCACAAAUCGACCUGCCAAUAAGUCAUAAAUGAUAUCUUUAAUAUUGUACUAUUCUGCUCGGACAGGAUGCAGCAAAGCUUCAAUGUCAUUGUAUUAUUUUAUGUCAAACUAGCAUCUAAUAAUCAAACUUGAUUUAUUUUAAUUUUCAUGAGUUAUGAAUAGUGUCUUGGGGGAGGAUUAAUCUUCAAUUUAAAAAAAAAGUAGAAAUGUAGACAUUGAAACAAGUUUCAACUCUGUGUGGAAAAAUAUCAAGCUAGUUCCGAAACAAACAUGGUGAAAAUCCCUACUGGGAGCAUAUUUUGUCUCUCACAAGGGGAGGUCGUCAUCAUCUAUGUCGUCUGGAUCCACAGUAUAUGUGUUGAAAGUGGAAGCUCCAGAUGGUCAAGCGUUCAGGAAAUAAAAUUUUUGGUGCAGAUCUGUCAAUACUUAGGUCUUUAGUGUUAACAUAAUUUCCAAACAGUGGUUGGUGCAGGGGCAAGACUUUGGAUUCAUAAUGCGAGGGUGAAAGAAUAAAUAAAGUCAAUACAUUAUACUUUAUUUCAGUUCAACUGUGGUGCAAGUAUCAUAAAAAUUCAAAAGAAGCAAAAGGAAAAAAAGAUUCCACACUAGGAUUCAAACCCGUGACCCUCGCAUUAUAAAUCUGAACUCUUGCCUCUGUACCAAAAGCUGCUUGGAAAUUACGCUAACAUGCUAACAUAAAAGACGUGUAUAUUGUUACAACCUAUGUGCAGAGAACUGGGUUCGUAAGGGAUAUACCAAUUAAGUUUUCCAAUCAAGUUUUACUACAGUUUUAUUAAUGACUAAUAUUUACAUUACUAAUAAAUAAAUGUACUUAAAAAUGUCCAGUCACCAAUCACUGACACUUAAAAAUUUUUAUUCGCAAGUCACUCAAUGUCUUUGAAAUUAGACAAUUUGCACUCCUCACUGGAGGUAGGUUCAACAGUGGUUUGCCCCUUACAUCAUGCCUGUCCACAUGCACACAGUCUCGCGCCACUCUGUCGCACUCUCAGGUCCCGUCACUCCACGUCGCGCCGCUCUCGAGGGGUCUCUCACACUUUUGGCCGAUGUCACACACCACUUCUCUCGCGGAACUCUCCGAACUCUCGGAACUCUCGGAACUCGCUCGGAACCGUCGUUGCGGCCGGCGUCACUGCUUAAGUACCUGUGGCGCCCUUCUCGAACCGACGAGAGCGGCUGUGACGUCGCGUCAUCCCGGCCGACCCGACGCCCGAAAAGUCCAGAAAGGCGGCACCCAUUCGUGCCACUCCGCGGGGCGGCCCACGGAAUUCCCAAGGCCACUCAGUGAUAGAUAACAGCACCAAGGAAGGAUGAUGCGCUGGGAGCGGAGGGGGAGAGGGUAGCGACGACCCUUGUAAUCCGGCCAGGCGCACGUGGCAUGCCUUACGUCAGUGGAUGGCACGUGAUACAGCGUAGGAUGCCAGUGACCAUGCAGUGUCGCCAGCCAGCUCCGAACCUGGCAUCGUGGUCUUGUCUCUCGCGUUCGUGUGUGUGUGUGUGUGUCUAUAUAUGAGCAAUGCAAAAAAAAAAAAAACAUUUUAAUGUAAUAAAAAUAUCGUACAAAUGUACACUCGUCCACAUUUGUCAUGUGCAUUAUCAAAUUUCAAAGACCAAAACUCCUUCACAGAGUUUGAAAUGUGAUCUCUAUUAGAAUCCUGUGUGCAGUGCGAAUACAAUUAUUUGAACACUAUAAACAAACAAUGACCAAAAAGCCACAUUUUUUUCAAAGCCUCGUGGCAUUUGUCUUGGGGAACAGCAGACACAAGCGUGAACGUCUCCAAAAAAAUUCUUUGCGCACCUUGUCACGCAAUAUGCAGGCACAGUGGCUUUUGGCUAAACAAGCGCUCACAACAUAGUGGGAAGGUAAGCAAUCUUAACGGAUAAACUAACUCUUGGCCACACAGAGGCCCUAGAGCAACAUCCUCAACUAGAAAAGAGUACAUGAAAUUAACUUUUGCUUGUGCAGUCUGUAGAUGCAAAGCUCAUUUUCCUAGCCGUGAACUUGUGUCUCAUGAAACUAGUGGCCUCAGGCUCUGACAUAGCUGUCCGUUCUGUUAAUAAGCUGAAGCAUAAUGCCAUUAGAGUUCAAUAUUGUGUUCCAAUAAAACAAUAAAAGGCGAUCUCAGGCAAAAUUUAGACUAAUGGAAAAUAUCUCUAAGCUUAGCACAGUAAAAUACUUGAAUGUGCAGCCCAUUUGCCAGAACACAAGUACAGAGAAUUAAAGCUCACAGUUUAUAUGUUGAUGCCUCAGAGGCUACCUAAAGAGGAAGGUUAAAGCCGGCUGGCGACAGUAAUUAAUCACAAGUCGUCCUGCUAACGUGCAAGGGGGAAUACGUCGCUAGUCUACCUGACGAGCAGAAAGUACACAUAUCACCACGGGAAGAAAAAAGUCUCGAAUCGACUGUGACGUCAAGGCCCGGUGGAUGAUUCAAAAGUUUGUUGGUCCCCCAGUACUGCCAGUUAUUAUUAUUUAUAAAACAUACAUCACUUUCUUCAGAUAUUAAUGUGUUUCAUAUAUUCUACACAUUUAAAAUCUACUUGCAAGAUGCCUGUUUUACCCAUGUAGAUUUAAACAUCAAAAAGUUGGUAGUAUUAAAGUACUAUCAAACACAUACUGGUGGAACCAAACCUUACAAAAUAUCACUAAAGCAAAUUUCAUGGUUUACAAUUGCAUUGUGAAUUAUAAUAAUAAUAAUUUGAUUUUUAACAAGUAAGUUUUUUUAAUACAUGAUAUGUUUUUAGUAUUCUUUUUAAAUUGUUUCUAUUUUGACACCCAAUAUUUGGAAAUAUUUUAGUGAUGUAUAUUUCUAGCAUAUAGUUUACUUUUCAACCAUUUGUUGUUUGUAACAUUUUUCUUGUUGCUGCUGUCUAUUUUGUAUUCUUUAUCAGUGUUUGUCUUUUUUUUUUCUUUUUUUAUAUUUUUGCCCUAGUGACUUUCCUUUAUAGGAUUCUAUUUAGCUGAUAAUUUUCAUUUUUAAACUGUAAAUAAUAUUGACCUCAUUUCUUGGGUUGUAUAUACCAGAAAAAUAUUGAUUUUUUUAUGUAACUAUGUGUUAAAACUAUUUUGUAUUGUAAUGAUGCAGUAGGUAUGUAAUUAAUUGUUGGCUAUAAGUUGUUAUGGGGGUUUUGCUUGUCAUUUAAUCUUAAAAUAGUCCAUCAACAUUUGGAUCAUUUGUGGAAAGUUAAUUGGAAUUCUAGUUUCUUUAACUUAAUUUUAAUUUCACAGUAUAUUCAUUGUUGUCAUAUAUUCAUUAUGAACCUGUUUAGUAAUGUGAUAUAUGCUUCAAUAUUACACUUAAUGAAAUAUGAAUAUUUUUUAAUCAUUAACAGUUUCACAAAUGUAUAUAUUGUCCUGCUUUCUAUGAAGGCUUUUUUAAUGUGAAACUUUGUAAUAUAAAAUAACUUCAACCAACAAAACUUCUUACAACAAAAUCUGUUAUUUAUGUUGAUUAUUUUUUCGGAAUGCUCUAACAACUGGAUUUCAGUGAAAAACUUGAAUAAUUCAAAUGGUGAUUUUUUUUUUUUUAAGUGUAAACAUUUUAACAGCACAUUCAUUACAUGUAAAUUAUAAAAAUUGCAGUGGAAACUUGUAAAAACAGUUUACAUCAGGGAGCGACACGUAGCCAGAACAAAUUAUAGUUUCAUUCAUUGAUUAUAUGCAGUAACUGAAAAUUUUCUUAAAUAAUCUAUUGCCAUAGCAAAUUUAUUGUGUUAAACAUAAUCAUAAAAACACAGUUCCUGGUUUGAACAUGCGUGUUUAAACAAGGUUCCUGUGUAUUCUCUAAAAACUAAGAAAUUUUAUGACCUGGUGCCUUUGUUGUACUUUUUUAUUGUCCCCUUGCGACUAAGAAUCCGUCCAAUUCCCCGUGUGUAAGCAUUUUUAUUGAAUUGCCCUCAAGGCUUGAUUGUACAUGCCAUUUUGAGUUCUUCAUUUUCUCAUCAUUAUCAUUUAAGGGCUAUUUAUGAAAUUUAUCAAGAUUUGUUGUUCUGUUUAAAAUAACUUUCAACAAAUAUUCACAGAGUGUAAUAUAAUGCGUGUAAAAGAAGUUACAAACACUUCUGCGAAUUUUUACACCCAUUAUAUUCCACUUAGUGAAUUUAUGUUGGAAAUAUUUGCAACUACAAAUAUCAAAAUUAAAAAAAAAAUUGAAGAAAUCAACAUGGCAUGAGACUGAACGUCAAUACAAGUAACUAUCCCACCAAACCAUUUCUGGACAUUUUGAAUUUUGUUAUUAUGAUAAUGGUUAUAAAAUGACAUUGCAUAUAAUCAUUGGAAAUAACAAUAAUUUGUUACAGCCUCAGUCUUUCAGUGUUUCAGUAGUGAUUAUAAUGAUAUUCCACCUCCAAAUUUUGUGACAAUUUUUGAGAUAAAUAUUGUUAUUUUAGUUAAUAAUGUAUAUAUAACAUUAAAAUGUAAUAAUCUCUUACCAAAUAAUCAUAAGUUUGUUAUAUGUAUUUACCACUUGGUCUUUUAAGUUAAGUGUAAACAUUAACUUUCAUGUUCCUGCAUUUUCUUAGAGAUUAUUUGCCAGAGCGUUAGUUUCUUAAGUAUUAUGUGGGGUUUGCAUUGCUUGUGAAGGCACUUGUCAUCUGCAGCUGUAUUUUUCCAUUAUGUACAUUUUUAUAUGCACUCAUUCAAAAAAAGAAUUUUCAUACUCACUCAGUGACUUAAGUGCAGUAAAGAGAUGGUGUGCUUAUAGCUUGCUUACAUGCCAUUACAUUUUGCAGGGUAGUGAGUUUUAUGUAGGCUGUGUUGGCCUGGGUGAUACACGAAUAAUCUACACGUGCAUUAAAAAACAAUUUCAGUUUAUAGAUACUUGUAAUGUUUCGUUAUAAAGACAUUUAAAUGCCAUUGCAGCAUGUUCAGUACCUAUAAAUGUCAUAUUGCCAAAAAAAAAAAAAAAAAAAAAAAAACUUAUUGUUUUCUCUCAGAAAUGUAGUAGGUAUUUUUAGAAACGUAAUGAGACAUUUAUUAGUGCCUAUGUAUGUUUUUUACUUUCCUGGUCCCCAGGCCUUAUAAGCAAUUUUAACAUUUUGCCUUAUGUUUUAUAAUUAUCCAUAAGAUUUUAUGUAAGUAAUGUGCAUAAUAUGUACAUAUAAGUAGAGCAAAAAUAUGAUCUUGGGAAUUACAUUUAUAUGGUUAUUGUAUAUAACACAGGUUUAUUUUUUGAGUCUUGUGUGUACUGUCCUUUUACUUCCAUAUCAGUUAUAGUUUUAGUUUAAUUUCUUAUAUACUUUCUAUUUAAUUUUAGAGGUGUUCAAAGUUAAUUUUUUUUCUUAAAAAUUGUGAUUGCUGGAACAUACUAUGCUAAGUGAAGUUGAAUGGUUAACAUUUACAGUUUCAGAAUUAUUCAAGUUCGUGAUACAAAUGCAGUGUUUUAGGCUUUCAGACAGCAUUUGCAUGUUAUAUUGGCAGCAACUUUCCUUUAUGCUUUGCAUAUGAUUGGUAACUAUUCCGAGAUGCAUUUUGUAAUGUUUGACUUAAAAGAACAAAUUUCAGGUGUUCUAAUCACAUAGCGUAGUGAUAUGCAGGAAUGAAUAGACAUACAGGUACUAAAAAAGUUUAAAAAUAGAAUUAAAAUUAAUUAUUAAAAAAAGUCAAAAGACUUUUAACGCUGCACAUAUUUGCUAGUCUGAAAAGUGUUAAAAAAAAUUCAUUUUCAAUUAGUUGAUGAUUUUAAAUUGUAUUUUAAUGGUUUCAUAACCAGGACGAUGUGUAUGUCCUCUUAAUAGGGUGAUUAGUGCUUUGAAACUGCAUUUUUGAGUCAGAAAACUUGGUCAGUAUUUACUACAUCAAAUUUAAUUUUCUAUUUGUAAUGAAAAAUAUAAUAAUAUAAAAGUUUCAAACUAUGAUAUUGCUUGCGAAAAUUCCAAAUGUGCUAUUGAGGUGUACUAAAAAGGAUACUGUAUUCAUUUAGGCAGAUAUUAUCUUCAAAAAUGCUAACAAACAAUGUUACAACUACUCAUACAAUGUCAAAAGUGAAUGUAACUGCUUUUACUUCAGUCAACUUGAAAAUUAGUGUGAUAAAGUUUUAACUUUUUCACCUGUAACCACAAAAACAUAAUAUUAUGUAAAAGGAACCAAACCACAAAAUCUCAUUGCAGAGUUAACUACAGUAAUUAUUGGUUCUUUUGUUACAUGACACUGUCCAACUUGCAAAAGCUUAGGUCAGCCUCAAAUUGAAAUUCAUGCGAAACCAAUUAAGUGAAACCCCAUACUUGUAUUCUCAGUUUCUCAGUAUUUACAUUUUCCCGCAAUAACAUUUUCUUUAGGUUCCAUUUAUAUGUCAUCAAAUAUAAUGCAAUACUUUCCCUUGAAUUACAUUGAGGAAUUACUUUCUUCUCACUAUUCAAGUCUCGUACAUGAUGUAUAAACUGUCGUAUUCUGUCUUUCUGUCAUGUACUGCCCUGGAAAGGUCUCGUGGUCCUCGGAAGUUUUGCGUCAUUAGUAUCCCCGACUUAGCACUCGAAGCUUCUAGAAUAAUGACGUCCUAGUUACGCCACUUUAUGCAGGCGCGGCUCUGGGAACGUGCCUAAUCCUCGAGAGAUGCAGAGAAUCUCCGGUCUCAAUAGGAAAGCACUGUGGAAGGGGAAGGUAGGUAGUGAGAUGCCGCUGCUAAUUGGAUUACUGUAUAGCGGUAAUAUAGAGAAGGGUGAUACCUGCAUGACACCUCUCCCUCAUGGCUGGUGCGCUGGCUGUGUUGGCCAGACUCACUGGUAGGCUACUUGUAAUACUAUCAAAUUUCAGUUUUGGUUAUACAUCGAAAUGUUUGCAGUGUUAAAUUAAUUUGUGCGCAUCACAGUUUUCAUAACAUCAAAACUUUUCCCAUACUGAAUAAUUUUUUUGGAUUGUGGUUUUGAUAUGGGGAAAACAUCACAAUUUUUUUUUAUAUAUAUAAUUUUUAAUGUAUAUUUGAUAGUGGUAAAUUUUAAAUGAGA